AUGUUUGCCCUUGGUCGGGCUGUCCGCUCAUGUCUCCCUGUCCUGACAGUAAAUCACUCCUCACCGUCACGAACGGUGUUCACGACAGCUCACUUACACCCAUCCAUUCGCCAGCUCGCUACUGAGCUUGCACACAACCAGCCAUGUUUUUCCGUGUCGGCACGGAAUGUACGCGUUCUCUUCCAACCUGUGGACUUCUAUAGCACUCUUCUGGAUAUGAUACGUCGCGCCAAAAAGCGCAUAUUUAUCUCGUCGCUUUAUAUCGGGUCUGAAGAAACCGAACUAAUUCAAACUUUGCACUCAUCACUCUCGUCAAAUCCUUCUCUUCAACUGCACCUCGUCCUUGACUUGAACCGAUCGACACGACCGGGUCCGGCGUCCACGACUACUCUCCUUCGCCCUCUUUUGGAAUCAUUCCCGGCUCGCGUUCAUGUCAGUUUGUUCAGGAGUCCAAAGCUGAAAGGCAUGAUGGCGAAGAUCGUGCCCCCUAGGUUCAACGAAGGCUGGGGUACAUGGCACGCGAAAGUAUAUGGUGCAGAUGACGACGUCAUGAUCAGUGGUGCCAACUUGAACAAGUCGUACUUCACGGACCGACAAGACCGCUACAUUCAAUUCACUGCGUCUCCCUCCCUCGCCAACUACUGCUUCGACUUCCUGCAAACGGUAUCUCAAUUCUCGUAUCAUCUGCUGCCACAUAAGCCACCACCUUCUGUCUCUGGCGUCACAGGGCAGGUUAAUCCUUUGGAAGUAUCUUGGUCGGACCCAGACACCCAUCCGCAUCAUAUCGAGAACAAAGCCUCAACCCUUCUGUCUAAAUUUCAAGCUUCGCAUCUCUCAGCACCUAUCGAUCUUGAGUCAUCGGAUACAUCUACGCUCGCAACUAGUUCCUCGUCGAGGGAUGUCACAACAAAACCUGCCGAUCUAGACGACGAAGUCUACGUCUUUCCCGUCAUUCAGGCCGGCCAAUUCAACAUUCGGGAAGAAGAACGAGCUCUCAAGCUCCUUUACAGCCGUAUAUCUUCUUCGCCUCCUUCAUUGACUCCGACUGCAAACGUUCCCACGGAAACAGAGGACAAGGACAAAACUGAGCGUCCGCUGGUGAAUUUAACGAGCGGAUAUUUCGGCUUGUACGAGCCGUAUCAAGAUCUCAUAUUGAGCUCCGAUGUCGACACUAGAAUCGUUUGUGCUGCACCCAAGGCAAAUGGCUUCUUCGGAUCCUCAGGGAUUUCAGGACGGAUACCCGAAGGUUACACUUUACUCGAACAACGCUUCAUGAGGGCUGUUCGAGCAUCUGGCCGUUCCUGGAGGGGUGCUACUGUAUCGGAUAUGGCAGCGCAAGGCGAGGGCAAAGGAGUCGAGCUGACUGAAUGGCAUAAAGAAGGCUGGACGUAUCACGCCAAAGGUAUCUGGCUCUCACCUACGCAAACAUCACCACCCAUCCUCACACUGUUCGGAUCGACGAACCUCAACUCUCGCUCGGCAAACCUCGACACGGAAUUAUCUUUCCUCAUGCUCACUUCCUCGCCGAAACUGAGAGAAGCGCUGGCGAAAGAAGUGAAGGGUUUGCGGAAGGAUGGGGCCAGGUGGAAGGGUGCUGCUCCUGGAGAGGCAGAGAAAGGUGGCGACGAUGGCGGUGGGAGGAAGGUUAGGUUUGGGACGAGGGUGUUGGUGUGGUUGGUUGGCGGUAUGUUGUGA